AAGAGUCUACCGAAGUGGUAAGACCGUAAACAUUAUUUGAAAUUAUUAUUGUGAGUAAUAUUUGACUCAGCAUCAUGGAUACGAUUAUGAGUACUUAUAAUUAUCUCAUCUACGAUUUGGCAAGUCCAGUGACAAAAGAUUGGUUCCUCUUGUCAAGUCCAUGGCCGGUACUUUCAAUAGUAUUAUUUUAUAAUUUCUUCUGCAAAAAACUUGGACCCUAUCUAAUGUCAGACAAGGAACCGUUUGAGCUAAAACUUGUGAUAAAAUUGUACAAUUUAUUUCAAGUUCUCAUCAGCUUGUAUCUAGUUUAUGAGGGAACAAAAUAUGUAACUGAAUCAGAUUAUAACUGGUUUUGUCAAGCACCUGAUCCUUACGAGAUUCCUAGAGCUUCAAUGAUAGCGAGAUCAGUAUACAUCUACUUUAUUUUGAAAAUCAUAGAAUUAUUAGAUACAGUAUUCUUCGUCAUGAGAAAAUCCUACAGGCAGGUUUCUCCUCUUCAUUUACACCAUCACAGUUUAAUGCCAUUAGCGUCGUGGAUUGGAGCCAAGUAUGUAGCAGGUGGUCAAUGUGUUUUGGUUGGAUAUAUUAAUAGUUUUGUGCACGCAAUCAUGUAUAGCUAUUAUUUAGUAUCUGGAUUAGGACCCGAAUACCGUAAAUACCUGUGGUGGAAGAAGUAUGUCACACUAAUACAAUUGAUACAAUUUGCAAUGCUCACUGUUCAUAGCAUAAUCAGCCUUUUCUUCCCAUGUGGCUACCAUUUCGCAUUCAAAUUAUUAACGAUUGCGUAUGGUUAUCUGUUUAUAAAAUGGUUUGGAAAGUUCUAUUAUACCAAUUAUAUUAAAACUAAGAAACCACAAAAACAUGGAUCAUCACAAAACGGAUUGAAAAACGGUUCUUAUAAGCAGCAAAAAAUGAAGUAGGAUUAUUCCUAAAGAAUGUGAUAAUAAAUUAUUUAUUCACAAUAAUAA